CUCGCCACACCUCCUGUCCACCGGCCCCGGUUUGGGUUGCUUCCGCAUCAGCAUGGGCGGAUCAAAGCGGAAGGGGGAGGGCAAGCCUGUGGUUCCAGAACAUCGAGAGACCAAGGAGGGUGCUGUUGCUUCGGGACAAGUGGGUCUACACAGGCAGCUGCGAAAAACAAAGUUCUGCAUGUACCACCUUCAGGGGGUGUGCCAGUUCGGAGACAGCUGCGCGUUUGCCCACUCCUGCGACGAGCUUCAGGGGGCUCCUGACCUGCGGAAGACGAAGCUUUGCAAGUUCAAGAGUGGCCAUUGCAAGGCCGACAACUGCCCGUAUGCUCACAGCGAGGAGGAUCUCCGAUCCACGGACUUUUUCUACAAAAAGAGGCUGUGCUUGUGGCACCAGAAGGGACGCUGUCGCAACGGCGAGCAGUGCCGUUUCGCACAUGGCAAUGCAGAGCUCAGGGCGCACACCCACAUGCGCCAGCAGAAAUCAGUGGAUGCUCUGAACGCAGGCUCCCAGAGCUCGCAUAGCCAGAGCAGCUACUCUCAGGAUCCUGGGCAAAGCUCAGCUUCAGGCAGCCCCUGGGCUGAGGCAGGCGCUUUUCAGAACCAGGAGGACUCCAUUCAGUCUGUGGUUCGUCGAAUUCAGGCAGAGGUCAUGCAGCAGCAGCCUCCCGAGCCGACGCAGGACUUGGAGCUCCAGCAGAAGCUUCUGCUGUUGUUGCAGCUCAAGGCUCAGGUGGAGGCUGCGCAGAAGUUAGAGGGCCAAGACCUCUCAGGAAUUGAUCAGUUUCCUCCAGUUCCACAGGUCACACAUCCUGCCUUAGGCCCAAUGCCAGCAGUUCCUUUGCAAGCGACUAUUUCAUCCCUCUCCGAGAAUCUUGCCUUGCUGGCCCGGCAGCUGAACGACUUGGAGCACCUGGCAAGGCGUCAGCAGAUGAUGCCCAACCCCGACGUGACCGGGCAGUUGCAAGAGUUGCUCCUCCAGCAGCAGCAACAACAGCACAGUUUGCUGCAGCAAUCCCGGGCCCUGGCCCCUGACGCCAUGAUGAGGCCCUUCUCGGACUUUGGGUCCCUCCCGUCCUGGAGUCGCGACGCGGCCAGCUCUGGCUACCGGGGGGCCUGACAAAAAGGUUCGGAGGCAACGGCGUACUUCGAUCGAGCGGCCGGAACUGACGCUGCUAUUCCGUUGGACUCAUCCCGGCAUUUAGGAUGUGGAUCAAAGGCUGGCGAAAAGUAGUGCAGUCGAUGCAACAUCUCUUUGGCACCUAAUCCGAUCCCAUUUUGAACCGUUCCAGCUGCCCUGGAUGGUUUUUCACAGGGCGGCAGGGCCUUGCAACAUGGCAGAAACUGCCACUGUGCAGCUUGGAAAUGUUGUGGGAUGUUUUCAUGCUCCAGGAUGCUUAAAGUUGAACUUUUUGAGCGUGGCGCUGUGGCUCGCACGGACUGCUGUUGAGACCUCACCCUCUCACCUCAGGGCAACUGAUAGCUUGGGC